GUCAUUGUCCACGGCAGGAGGGGCGAGGCGGACAGCCGCUCAUCCACCGGUAUCAUGGCUUCCUAACCGGAGGGGGAAGUGACUGUUAGGAAAACAAGGACUUUUAUCUGUUGCAUGCCCGAUUUAUCACCGCCCUUCCCAGAACCCGAGAUCGAGGACAGAGGGGUUCGGCCUGCCGACUCUCCGCCACCGGCCAGCCCCCCCUGGGACCCAGGAUCUACUUUAGUCGCUUUCGCAUCGGGUGAAUUUCCAUUCGUAAACCGCGGAAGAUGGCCGACCCGGCGGAGUGCACCAUCAAAGUGAUGUGCCGUUUCAGGCCCCUGAACAGCUCCGAGGUCACCAGAGGCGACAGAUAUAUCCCCAAAUUCCAAGGGGAAGACACCGUCGUCAUCGCGGGCAAACCCUACAUGUUCGACAGAGUCUUUCAGUCAAGUACAACACAAGAGCAAGUCUACAACGCCUGUGCCCAAAAGAUUGUAAAAGAUGUUCUUGAGGGAUACAAUGGAACGAUUUUUGCGUACGGCCAGACGUCAUCCGGUAAAACGCACACCAUGGAGGGGAAUCUUCACGACACAGAUGCCAUGGGCAUCAUCCCCAGGAUAGUGCAGGACAUCUUCAACUACAUCUACUCCAUGGAUGAAAACCUGGAGUUUCACAUUAAAGUUUCAUAUUUUGAAAUCUACUUAGACAAAAUCCGAGAUCUUUUGGACGUGUCAAAGACUAAUUUAUCAGUGCAUGAAGACAAAAACAGAGUACCCUAUGUCAAGGGCUGCACUGAAAGAUUUGUGUGCAGCCCGGAGGAAGUCAUGGAUACGAUCGACGAGGGCAAAUCUAACAGACACGUAGCGGUCACGAACAUGAACGAGCACAGCUCCAGGAGUCACAGCAUCUUCCUGAUCAACGUGAAGCAGGAGAACACGCAGACGGAGCAGAAGCUCAGCGGCAAACUCUACCUGGUCGAUCUGGCUGGGAGUGAAAAGGUUAGUAAAACCGGUGCUGAAGGAGCCGUCCUGGACGAAGCGAAGAACAUCAACAAGUCGCUGUCGUCUCUGGGAAACGUCAUCUCUGCGUUGGCUGAAGGAACGGCCUACAUCCCCUACCGAGACAGCAAGAUGACUCGUAUCCUGCAGGACUCGCUGGGCGGUAACUGUCGAACCACCAUUGUGAUCUGCUGCUCACCUUCCUCCUAUAACGAGGCUGAAACCAAAUCCACCCUGAUGUUCGGACAAAGAGCAAAGACCAUCAAGAACACGGUGACGGUGAACAUCGAGCUGACGGCAGAGCAGUGGAAGCAGAAAUACGAGCGUGAGAAGGAGAAGAACAAGACGCUGAGGAACACCGUCACCUGGCUGGAGAACGAGCUCAACCGCUGGAGAAACGGAGAGAGCGUGCCCGUGGAGGAGCAGUUCGACAAGGAGAAGGCCAACGCCGAGGUGUUGGCCCUGGACAACAUUAUCAACGAGAAGUCGGCCUCCACGCCCAACGUGCCCGGCGUUCGUCUCACGGACGUGGAGAAGGACAAGUGUGAGGCCGAGCUGACUAAGCUUUACAAACAGCUGGACGACAAGGAUGAAGAAAUCAACCAGCAGAGCCAGCUGGUUGAGAAGCUGAAGCAGCAGAUGCUCGACCAGGAGGAGCUGCUGGCUUCCUCUCGGAGGGAUCACGAGAACCUGCAGGCGGAGCUGAACCGCCUUCAGACGGAGAACGAGGCCUCCAAGGAGGAGGUGAAGGAGGUGCUGCAGGCCCUGGAGGAGCUGGCUGUCAACUACGACCAGAAGAGCCAGGAGGUGGAGGACAAGACCAAGGAGUUCGAGUCCAUCAGCGAGGAGCUCAGUCAGAAAUCUUCCAUCUUGUCCUCUCUGGACUCUGAGCUCCAGAAGCUGAAGGAAAUGUCCAAUCACCAGAAGAAGAGGGUGACUGAGAUGAUGUCAUCGCUGCUCAAAGACUUGGCCGAAAUUGGCAUCGCUGUGGGCAGCAACGACAUAAAGCAGCACGAGAGCGCCAGCGGCCUGAUAGACGAGGAGUUCACGGUGGCUCGGCUCUACAUCAGCAAGCUGAAGUCCGAGGUGAAGACGAUGGUGAAGCGCUGCAAGCAGCUGGAGGGCAUCCAGUCCGAGAGCAACAAGAAGAUGGACGAGAACGAGAAGGAGCUGGCCGCCUGUCAGCUGCGCAUCUCCCAGCACGAGGCUAAAAUCAAGUCCCUGACCGAGUACCUGCAGAACGUGGAGCAGAAGAAGAGGCAGCUGGAGGAGAACGUGGACUCGCUCAACGAGGAGCUGGUGAAGCUCAGCGCUCAGGAGAAAGUCCAUGCCAUGGAGAAGGAGAAUGAGAUCCAGACCGCCAAUGAAGUUAAGGAAGCGGUGGAGAAGCAGAUCCAUUCCCACCGUGAAGCCCACCAGAAACAGAUCAGCAGUCUGAGAGACGAGCUGGACAACAAGGAGAAGCUCAUCACCGAGCUGCAGGAUUUGAACCAGAAGAUCAUGCUGGAGCAGGAGAGGCUGCGGGUGGAGCACGAGAAGCUGAAAUCCACCGACCAGGAGAAGAGCCGCAAGCUGCACGAGCUCACGGUGAUGCAGGACCGCAGGGAGCAGGCCAGACAGGACCUGAAGGGGCUUGAAGAGACAGUGGCCAAGGAGCUGCAGACUCUCCACAACCUCAGGAAACUCUUCGUUCAGGAUUUGGCUACCAGAGUGAAAAAGAGUGCUGAGAUGGACUCUGAUGACACAGGAGGCAGCGCAGCACAGAAACAGAAAAUCUCCUUUCUUGAGAACAAUCUUGAGCAACUCACCAAGGUUCACAAACAGCUGGUCCGUGAUAAUGCAGACCUGCGCUGUGAGCUUCCUAAACUGGAGAAACGUCUUCGUGCUACGGCUGAGCGGGUCAAGGCACUGGAGUCUGCACUGAAGGAGGCCAAGGAGAACGCCGCCCGCGACCGCAAGCGCUACCAGCAGGAGGUGGACCGCAUCAAGGAGGCCGUCAGGGCCAAGAACAUGGCCCGGAGGGGACAUUCGGCCCAGAUCGCCAAACCCAUCCGACCCGGCCAGCCUCCGGUUGCAUCUCCAACCCACCACACCAUCAACCGCAUGGGGGGCAGCUUCUACCAGAACAGCCAGCCGGUGUCCAUCAGGGGUGGAGGCAGCAAGCCGGACAAGAUGUGAGUGGGAGACCUGAAGAGCAGCAGAGCAGAGGAACGACACCACAGAAGAAGCCAACGUCACCCACCUGCCCGCCCACCCAGACAACCUGUCAUUCCAUUACAGCAAAGAGGCUCCACGCCGCCGAGGAGUUCGGAUUUAUAAAUAUAUAAAUAUAUAUAAAUAUUCCCGGCCUGUACAGCCCUCCCCCACCCCUACCCCUCCCUCCCCAAACACCCCCACCCACCCCUCUCCUCUCCUCCACUUCCCAUUAUCAACACCUCUCUCUUAACGGGAUAUAAUACGUUUAAAAAGAAAAGGAGGGAGAAAAAAAAGAGCGAUUUUAAUUUACGAGGAAAAAAAAAAAGCAGGAUAAUAUUCUCACUCAGCGAACCAAACGCAGCGUCGAGCGCAGGCCUUUUCUUUGCGAGCGAAAACGGUGCACGAUCUCGAAUGUUUAAGCUUCGUUUUUUUUUUGUUUUGCACAGUCCGCCGUCGUCGUCGUCGUCGUAGUUCUGCACUGUGCCAAGCUGAAUGUAAGCGGUAGCAAGAAAACAAAAAAACACCGAAAACGGCAAGAAAAGCAAAAAUACGCAAAAAAAAAAAAAAACAAAGAAAGAAAAGAGCUCGACCUUAUAGGAUAACUUAUGUACAUUUCAUUACGAUUAUGAUUACUAUCAGUUAACCACGGUUUUCUCUGUAUAGAUUUUACAUGCGUCAUAAAGAAGGGGGGGGGGGCACACGUUUCGCCCUGCGGCGGGAGAGAAAGCUCGCAAAGGAAACGGCUUGAAAAAGAAGGAUUUUAAAAAAUAAAUAAUAAUAAUAGUAAAAAUAAUGAACAGCCGUACUGUAGAUGUAUUUAAUCUAAACACCUGUGGAGGCCAUUUGUUUUCUUUUUUUUUUGUCAUGAAGUUAAAUUAAAACCGUUCGUUGGAAGGAUACGAAUAACGCAGAGGGAUGAAUGAUGAGAGCGAUCCGGUUAACACAAAGCUUCCACCUCUAAGCCUACACUAAGUUGCUACACGUACUGUUUUUAACUCAUCUAAGUGGGCGACGUCGCUGUCGAUGGACUCUAUUUAUAUAUUUCAGCACGCAGACGGCAGCCGAUCAGACAGACGCUCACUCUCGGUCCUGUCCCAGCCGGGUCCCGAUCACUCCCUCACCUGUCCUAUAAAGACCUGAUCCAUUUGUUUUAUUUCUUUUCUAAGGGUGCCUCGCUUCUUCAUUCAUCUUCUUCCCUACUUUUUUUUUUUUUUUUUUUUUUGUGUGUGUGUGUGUUAUGCUGGGUUUCAUAUGCUCUGGUCUGUUAUACAAUAGAUGGUGUAGAUGUUUGACAGCAAUGUGGGGAACCGGGGUGUGCAUCGGUUGAUGGAUCAGACCCUCGCUGCUGAUCAGCCAAUCAGGGGAAAGCGGGGUCUGGCUAAAAAGAAAGAAAAGAAAAUCCACAAAUUGCACAAUAAUCUUCUGUCAUCAUGUGGAAGAAAGGGUCUAUUUAACUAAAUGUAGCCAGCGGGUGUCGGAUUUCUUUAGUGUUUUUGUCGUAUUUGUUCUAUAUAUAUAUAUUUUUUAUGUUAGUUCCCAUCACAUCUGUUUCUCUUAAUCACGUUAAGCCCCGGUGCAUUGGCAAAGCAAGCUGAUGGAGAUUGUAACCCCAGCAUGAGGACACUAACACCUUGCAUAAGUGCAAUAUACUGUAAGAUACACUGUAUGUCGGUCAGAGUGUGGAUUUGCUGCGCUGCUCCUGCCACGCCUUGUUUUUGUUACACGUUGAAAAAAGCUUCUUUCAUCACCGGACAGCUGAAACAUAAAACGAGCUCCUUUUCUUUUUUCCUUCAGUGUGAACGCUGAAGAAGGGAGGGAGGAAAUCUCCUUUUUCAGUUUUAAUUAUGGAAAAAAGCGAUUGAAGAAGCCUCCGUGAAGAGCAGUGGAGCAAAUCCAGCGCCAAAAGGUGUCGCGUUAAAGACAGGAAAGUCAGGUUUUUGCAGAACGUCUUCUCAAUAUGUUCAGAACAGGAAGGGGGAGAAAAAGAAACACUCCACAUGUGGCUGUUUUUUUUUUUUUUUAGACUGGAGGUAUGAAGCAGUUUCCAAAGCCCUGUGAGGAAAAUGAACCGCUGUAAUUGUGUUUUACGAGCUGCAGACGGGAAAAUCUCCCCCCGUGUCGUCUUCUCUGUGUUCAUCUGGAUUAGUUACCACUGCGAAUCGUUAACCUUAAAAUGUUUGAUAUCCUCCUUCCACCAAAAAAAACAUAAAAAACAAACUGGAUAUGAAAUGGGUUGCAGAGAUUACUUAUGGUGUUUACCGAAAUUACGUUUUUGCAUUGAUUCUAAAUUAAAACGAAAGUGUAGCCUUUUUUUAUUACUGUGUAAUAGUUGGUCUUUUUUUUUUUUUUUUUUUUUUUUAAGGACAGUUUGUUUUUUGGGGGGUGGGGGGGGGGGGGGUCUGUCAGUGGACGCGGUACUGGAUCAUUCCUGGAGAACUGGGGCACAAGUAAAGCAGGGCUCUGAUACGGACAGAGACAGGAAGUUAAAUGAGAUCACAGUUUUGGAUUGACUGCAUGAUGUAAAUGUAUGUGUGAUUAAAUAAUUAUGAGAAAAUA